GUGUGUACUUUCUAGAGCUUAUAGGGCUGUGUAGAUCGAUUCUAGAACCUUUGUAUUCUAGAACGUUUGUAUUCUAAUACAUUUGUUUGUUACGUCAUAAUGUCUAAAGUAUUUGUCAACGUGGACAAUUAUGGAUUCGUAACUUCCGGUUAUACUGGACACGCGAAUGGCGCAGUGAAUAAUAGGGGCAAUAUGACGUCGCAAGCCCGACCCGAUACCAAAUCAAGCGUGAAAGUUAAAAAAGGCGGGAAAGAAGAAUGCAAGACGAAAUCGACCAAGGAAGAAGCUGUAAAGGUGCCUUGGUGGAAAUCUAUUUUUAAAUCGAAGAAAGUUGAAAAAACGGACAAAUGUGACGUAAAAAGAACAAAAUCUGAUGCCAAAAAAGCAAAAAGAUCUUCCAGCAAAAAACGCGAUAAAUGCCAGAGCGUUUUAGUCGAUAAUAGCAUUGUAGUGUUCGAAGGUAUAGAUUUUACUGAUGGAAAAAAUGGCGCUGCUCAGGAGUUUAGCUCGCUUGACCAGUCUUAUCGACAAAAAUCGACAUCUUUGGACUGUUUGGAGUCACUUCGCCAAGGAAAAGACCCGAAAUUUGCGAAUUUAAAACCGAUAGAGCCGUUGCAGUUAAAACUUCCUUUGAAAAAGAAAUUAUCAAGUAAAAAUACGAAAUCUUGCAAUGCUAGUACAGAUACACUUGAUAGUAACUUAUCCGGAAAAAGGGUCAAAAAAGCGCCAAAGAAAACGAGAAAGACGAACCACAUUGCGGAUAAUAAAGAUCACAGAGCUACAGCGUCUGUUGAUAACUUACUCGACCAAAAAGAAACCCAAGAACCUCCUAAAAUAAAAAGGUCACGUUCGUUACUGCAUUUCAAAAACGCGUUUACAAAAAAGGGGAAAAAGCCCAAAGAUACACCAGAUUCUGCUAAAGACGAUUCAAAUAUUGAAAAACUUCUAAAAUUAGAAGUGACAGUGCCACCUAACGGAGACGUGACGUCAAUUGAUGAUGACGUCAUAGAUGUGUAUGAAAAAUUUCCAAGACGCAAACCAAGCCAAAGAAAAGUUCUUGUUCAUAUUCAAACUAAAGAAGAGAUUCCAAUAACUAAUGGAAUACCUCAGUGGGAUUCAGGCUCGUACCAAUAUACGGCCCAUCAUGCCCCGCACCAAGAUACGGCCCAUCAAGCCCCUGCUAGUGAUGUCAUCAAAACUUCCCCUAAACUUAAACCAUCUCGUAUGAGAUUAAUGGAGUCAUCAUUCGUUGGAAGUUCCAAGCAGUUGACGAAAAAGAAAAAUGUAAAACAAGAAGCAACCAAGCUUAAUGACGUGAGCAUAACAUCUCUUGAAACUGAACCAAGAAAUAGAGAACGACAACAAACAGUCACAGCUGUUGUGCAUGCUGAUAUGAACUGCGGCAACACUUUAAAAAAAGUACCUAGCAACACUGGGACAUCACAUACAACUCCAAAGAAAAUUUUAAAGUCACCCCGUUCUGACCCGUGUACUCCUCUAUGUGAUGAUGUCAUCAAUGAUGAUGUCAUAACUCCUUUGAAAGAGCAAGGGAAGAAGGGUUUAAAGAAAGAAGGUAACCCACGCCCAAAUAAGGUAUGUCACGGUCGGUCGCACUCGGAGGACAACUUGUCGUUUGGACGUUCGUUUAUUUUGACCGGGAGCUCACCUGACAAAGUUCCAGACUUUAUAUUACGCACGCACCCCUACCUUGCAACAUCUUCAGCAAUGCGGCGGAUGGCUCAGUGUUUACAACAGGCAAGUCAUGCUAGGCCGACCAAGAAAAUGCCACGUCAUAAUGAUGAGGUUUGUGACAUCAUAGAGAAACUUGAAAGUUGCAAGUCAUCGGUUCCUGACGAUGAAUUUUGCUUGAAAACGAGCGGAAGUGUUGUUUCUAAUGAAAGUGCUGCGCAAUGUGUUGUGUCACCUCCAGAAAACCAAUCGGCAACACUUUCUUCUAGAAUAAAAUGGAAUAAAAUUUCUCAAUCAUUUUCCAACGAGAAUUCCGCUGCUGUGAGACUACUACAAUCUAAACCUGAUCAACCAAUCAAAUCAGAGGUCAAGGAAAGGUCAAACAGAGGUCAAGCAGCUAAUUAUGUAAUUAAUAAGAAACCGCCUUUCAAACCACAAAGGUCAAACAAGGGUCAAAUCAUCAAAGUACAAAAACAAGAAGCAGAAACUAAAAUCAAUAAUUUUCAAAACUCGCCGACAAUAAAAUCCCCUAUCAUCAAAACUCCCAAGUCAUCAUUACUCAGCACUCCUCAGUUCUAUCAUCGUCGUUGCUAUAGCGAUUCGGAUCUUUCAUCUUCUCUUAUUGUUUCUCCGAUGCAAAUAUUUAAUAUCGAUUCCAACAAACUUAAGAAGAGAGAUUUUAACAGAAGCAGAAGCAGUCGGAACGAUCGGUUUUUAAACAGAAUGAAAAGCCGGUUGGAAAGAUUAGAGAGACUUCGCGAUAACUCAAUUAAUCUGAAUGUGCAUUCACAAAGUACACCUGAGCAAUACACAAGCUUAAUGAACAAACUUCUCAACCCACAAGCCCGGCGGCAAUUUGGUUCUAAUCUACGACGAACAGUUUCAAUCGACGGUUCAAACCCCACCCUCGCCACUCAGGCGCAAAACGGAAGCAACUCAGUGAGAUUCAAACAACUUAUCAACACAAGGCUGGGAAAGUACAAGACCGGGGGAUCGGUGCGUCAAAUCUCACUCAAGGAAGCUGAAGACACUUUCCCUGCUCCUUUAAGUCCUCCCCUCCACAAAGAAGAAGAGAGAGCAUCAUGUGGCUCAGAUUACGAAGCUAUUUGGCCAUUAGAGGGAGGCCAGGAUAAAACAAAGAGUCGCCUACCCACACAGAGCAAUCAUUCCCCAUCUUUACCCUCUAAACAUCUUCAACCAAUUUCAGGCUUGCCAAUAAUGACGUCACAACCGUUGAUGACGUCAUCGAGCCAUACGACAUCAGCAAUACAAACAGAAAUUAAAGUUUCCUCAAAUCCGGUGACAUCUGUAAAAAGUGUGGAGCCAGCAGUUUGUGUGACGUCAUCAGAGAAAGUGAUGUCAUCUUAUCGUGACGUCACACAUCUAAAUUACAUAUCGGCGCCAAGUUUGGUACACAAAGUAAAGUUUGGGUGCUGCAUGUCCGAACUCGUUGAGAAAAACUCAACCGCGAAAAAAUCCGACCGCGAGGUGGCGCACGGGAGGAACACUCGUGUCACGUAUACGUCGGCGAACGCGAGGCCUAUUAUUACGUCACAGUCGGGCACUUUACGUUGCGAUCGACUUAGCGUGAAUCGAAGACAAGUUUCGAAUAUUUGUUAUGGGAGUGGGGAAAGUUUUGAAAUUCCUAAAUCAACUGUGAUUGGUCGAGAAAGACACGUGAUGAGGUCGGAUACCCCGGGUGUUUGUGACGUCAGUAUAGACCCACACGAUAUAUUCUUCUCAAGCACUCCGGUUAAGAAGUUGUAUUCGAAAGUUCGGCCUCAUAGAAGGCCCUGUGACGUCACAGACACAGCGGAAGGGAAACAGCGAACGAAGCGAAAAUCGCGGCACAGAACAAACAACAAUCAAAAACUACAUGAUGCAGAGAGUCCUGUAUCCGAAAAUGAACGAAGAUCUCCGAAUUCAUCCGAACCUAGUGUGGAGAGCGUUUCUCCUAACCCGAGUAUCUUCCCGACCGCAAGCGACUUCUUUCUACGAUCGUUGGUCGAAGAAACUGAGAUCCAGAAAACAAUGUUAGCGGAAAUGACGAAAAUAAGAAGUAAGUACGCCUCUGGUGGAAUGGAUGAAGCAAUCAUAAAGAACAAUUUGGCUUCGGAUGAAAACUGGAACCAAAUCGACAACGGUUGCCAUGGAGAUGACGAGAAGUCUUCGUCUAGCGAUACUGGAUCGCAAGGGACUAUUACGUCAGAAAGGCUCUCAUUGUUACGUCAUCGCAUGACGUCAUGCAGCUCGUCGAGCGAUGACACGGUGACGAACUAUGACGACAUAGAGGAGGAUGGUUACGUCACAAUGUCGUCGAACGACAGCACUUCUGCGCAGUUCGGGAGUUUAGUUUGCCCUCGGAUAACCCCUGUUUAUGACGUAGAUAAAUUGGUGACGUCACGACCUGUAGAAUACGUCAUCGAUGACGCGAAAGAUUUUAUGUUGUGGGAUUGUGACGAAACGGAUCUUUAG